GACUGCUGGUCUCCGUGAAGACUGGACUUGGUGCCAUGGAGGGGCAGACCCCAGGAGGCGGAGGCCUUUCAGAAAAGCCGGUCCCCACGGCCACAGGCCCUGGCCUGUCCUCGCUGGGCGCCGUCUUCAUCCUCCUUAAGUCUGCGCUGGGCGCUGGCCUGCUCAACUUUCCGUGGGCCUUCCACAAGGCAGGGGGAGUGGCCCCCGCUUUCCUCGUGGAGCUGGUCUCCCUGGUCUUCCUGAUCAGCGGGCUGGUCGUCCUGGGCUACGCUGCCUCCGUCAGUGGCCAGGCUACCUACCAAGGCGUGGUCGGAGUGCUGUGUGGCCCCGCCAUCGGCAAGCUGUGUGAGGCCUGCUUCAUCGUCAACCUGCUCAUGAUCUCCGUGGCCUUCCUCAGGGUGGUCGGCGACCAGCUGGAGAAGCUGUGGGACUUCCUCCUUUCCGGCGCCCCGCCGGCCCCCCAGCCCUGGUACACCGACGAGCGCUUCACCCUGACCCUGCUCUGCGCGAUGGUCAUCCUGCCCCUCUCCACGCCGCGGGAGAUCGGCUUCCAGAAACACACAAGCAUCCUAGGCACCCUGGCCGCCUGCUACCUGGCCCUGGUCAUCGUGGCGCAGUACUACCUGAGGCCCCAAGACCUCGCCCGUGAGCCCCGCCUGGCGUCCAGUCCCUCCUCAUGGACCUCUGUAUUUAGUGUCUUCCCCACCAUCUGUUUUGGAUUUCAGUGUCACGAAGCCGCUGUGUCCAUCUACUGCAGCAUGCGCCACCAGAGCCUGGGGCACUGGGCGCUGGUCUCCGUGCUGUCCUUGCUGGCCUGCUGCCUCGUCUACUCGCUGACAGGUGUGUACGGCUUCCUGACCUUCGGGACAGGUGUGUCUGCUGACAUCCUGAUGUCCUACCCAGGCAGCGACGGGGUCGUCAUUGUUGCCCGGGUCCUGUUCGCUGUGUCCAUCGUGACCGCCUACCCCAUCGUGCUCUUCCUGGGAAGGUCGGUGAUGCAGGACUUCUGGAGGCGGGGCUGUGGUGGGGCUUGUGGGCUGCGGGCCCUGGCCGAGCCCUCGGGGCCAUGGGUCCGGGUGCCGCUGACCGUGCUCUGGGUCGCUGUGACGCUCGCCAUGGCCCUGUUCCUGCCUGACCUCAGCGAGAUCAUCAGCAUCAUCGGUGGCAUCAGCUCCUUCUUCAUCUUCAUCUUCCCAGGUCUGUGUCUCAUUUGUGCGAUCAGCGUGGAGCCCAUCGGACCCCGAGUUAAGUGCUGCCUGGAGGCCUGGGGGGUGGUCUCCGUGCUGGUCGGCGCCUUCAUCUUCGGGCAGAGCACGGUGGCGGCUGUCAUGGAGCUGCUGUGAGGGGCGGCCCGCGGCCGAGCAGGACGGGGGUGGGGGCCCCUGCGGCUGCCUGCAUCCGGCCGUGAGAACCAUGUGACCUCUUCAUAAAGACGCUGGAGAAACUGACUCGUCCGUCCUUCCCAGGCUGCGCCUCCUGGCUUCUGCUGGGUCCCGGGGUGUCUGGUGCGGUGGUGAGAGGUGGCGUAGGCCCUGCACGUGACCACAGACCGGGGGCUUCAGGCCAGAGCGGCGGGAGCUCUCGGUCUGGAGCCUGGGAGUCUGGGGUCAGGGUGUGGGCAGGGCCACGUGCCCUCCCCGCCUGCUGCCUGCAGCCCCUGGUGCCCGCUGGCCACCGUGGUGCUCCUGGGGUGUCUGCACCCCCCAUCUCAGCCUCCAGCUCCCUGUGUGUCCACGUGUCCCUCUUAGAGGGCCCAGGGUCCUCAUUCGAUAUGACCUCAGUUACUUACUUGGGAUGUGCAAAGAGCCUGUUUCCAAGUAAGGUCACAUUCACUGUUUCCUGGGGUUAGAACUGCAGCUUAUGUUUCUGGGGGACACAGUUCACCCUAUAACUUGGAGUAGGUGCUGAAGUCCAGGGAACCCUGCUUUGGGGUGUUGGGGUCAAAGACAUGAGGUGAUGGCAUGGCUCAGUGGACGAGAGCCCAGGGGGGCUGGGGGUGGCACCUGCUGGGGAGAUUUGGGGUGCCAUCUGUUGGGGAGGGCAGGGCACUCAAGCUGGUGCUCAGGCCAGGGCACGGGGGACCC